AAAAGAUCUAACUGGCUCAGUACACUGCCUGGCUUGCCAGGUCUGGUCAUUAGCAUUUUAUUAAGUUUUCGAACACAAAAAUUUUGGAAUCUUAGCUUCCGGCUGUUACCAUUGCCUAUCUUUUUUAUUUGCCUUCUCUCGAUGUCAAAAUUGAACUGAGUACGCCUUUCCCCAACUAGCACCGGCAUCGGUACUAGCCAGCACCGCUUGCCAGCAGCCCUUGCCACAAUUCCACAAUCCCAGAGUCAGCCCAGGUCGAAAGCCAUUCACAGCAGUUGGACAGACAGCCCGAAGACCGAGCACCUACUCCUGUCUCUGUGCUAAUGUGUGUGUGUGCGGGAGUGUGCGUGCAGGUUCGUGUGUGUGGGUGAGGCACUUACCAGCCCUGCGGUUUCAUUUGGCCAGCCGCAAAAUUCUUACCAAACAAAAUAAAGAAAACGAGAAGCAGCAGAAGCAGAAACAGAACUAACUUGCCAAAGCAAAGUAAAGCCAAGCGGCAACGGAAAUUGUUAACCUUUGGGGAUAUCAAACAUUUACGAUUGCGUGGAAGCGGCAGAGGCAGGGGCAACAACAGCUACAUUUAAGUUUUUAUCAGCACAAAAUAAAGUUUUGGUUUACGGAUUGUGUUCCAACAACCCCGAGCCCAGGGCAGCCACAAGUGCCCAGGAGAAGCAGCUGGAUCAAGGAGCCCGCCGAGUACUUUUGAGGGAUUUAAAUUUUUGUUUGCUGCCGGGGCUACCGGCGAAGCGUAAUCGUGGGAGCCGCAACCUCAACUUCUUGGCGUCCAGCCAUCAUGAUGCGGAAGAAGAAAAUAAGUGGGGCUUCCCCUUCUUCAGCAUCGGACUCAAAUCCACCGGAAUCCUCGGGGGUUUUCCAAGGCGAAACUAGCUUGGCUGGCAUUGAGGACUUGUCCUCAGGGUCCGACGAUCAGGGUGUUCCUUUCAUUUUGGUGGAUAGUGCGGUCGUCCACACUCCCAGCGAUCUGGAUGCAGUUCUGAACCUCUUGGAAAAGAGAAGGAUGGAUAUGGUAGAGGCGGAUUUAGAGGACAACCACUUGCCGCUCUUGGAGGAUGAAUCGCCACCGCCAGAACUGGACCUACCCAUCAACCUAGGAUCAAAAGAAGCAGCCGAUCUGAAGGCUGCAGAAGAUAAGAAACGCUUCCAGGAGGAUCUGGAGAGUCUCUGCCUAACAUCCCUAUCGAGAAAAGAGAAGAAUGCUCUCAUAACCACAGAAUCCAUAAGCACUGAAAACCUAAACCAGAGCACGGCUACCGAAAGUUCCGUGGAAGAGAGUCGCAUGCUGACGCAGACUUUUAUCAAUCUGGAGCAGAUACGGGUCCAACUGGAGGAGCUAAGAAAGCAGUUAAAUGAGGAGCAGGAGGAGAAGGAGUUACAGGACGCCAUUAUGGUACCAGAGGCAGUGCCCGAGGAACCCAAAGUUCGUCCCAGCAUUCACCGCCAGGCUACCUUCGACAUCAAACGCGAGAGUGGCGGUACUGUCCCGCGGCAUAAUAUUACCCAUCCGGUAAUUGGUGUUUAUACCAAAGAUUCCCUGACGACGACCCAGACGCUGAAUAGCUCUAAAACUCCCAUUUUAAACGAUACACCCAGCUCCACGAAUUCCAGCUCCACGUUGAGCUCCUCGGAAAGCCCUAUGUCCUCGCCCCUGGGUACCCAGCAGAUCAUCAAUCAAGUCGGGGACUUGCUUAUGCAACUGCAGCUGCAGCAGGAAGAGACCCACACUCUUGAAGAGGGCUCGUCCUAUUCCUAUGUGGUGACAAUAGUGCCACGAGGCGGGGUGGCCAAGUGCUCCAUGCAGGUCAUUACCGAUCUCAAGCCCACCUCCCGCAAGGCGGUUGUGCAGCCCCAGGCUCGUCCAAUAUCCAGCCAGCUUCCUAUCUCUCGGACUCCCAUCAUUAAUAUUUUUUCCCCCUCCGGAACACGUUUGGAAUCAUCUCAGUUGCCCCUGCGCUCGCAGGCAUCUCAGUUGUCCGUCAAAACCACCAAACUUGAAUGCAGCGUGUUGCCCUUUUCCCACGCUGUUCCUUCAAGUCCUCCAGAAUCCCCACCCUGCCGGAUCAAAUCCGCUUAUAUGCGUAAGAGACCAGGAACCUAUAUAAAAGUUCCCGCUCCAGCCAGAUACUGCCACGGUAAGAAGAGGGAUUAAAAUUGGUGUAGUCGAGCAGACUUUACUUCAAUUCAAAAACUUGAUUCAAAUUGCAUUGAAAUGUUGAAAAACAAAUAUAUAUUUUAACAGGCAA